UGGUGGCACAGAGAGACCAGAGCCCUUCCCACUUCCCACGCUGUCCAUGGAUUUUGUUGCUGGGGCCAUUGGAGGUGUCUGCGGUGUUGCUGUGGGCUACCCUCUGGACACAGUGAAGGUCAAGAUCCAGACUGAGGCCAAGUACACAGGCAUCUGGAAUUGCAUCAGAAACACGUACCGUCAAGAGCGGGUGUGGGGCUUCUACCGGGGUCUCUCGCUGCCUGUGUGCACAGUGUCUCUGGUGUCAUCUGUGUCUUUUGGCACCUACCGCCACUGCCUUGCUCAUAUCUGCCGCUUCCGGUACGGCAGCGCCGACGCCAAGCCCUCCAAGGUGGACAUCACACUCUCAGGAUGCGCCUCUGGUCUUGUCCGAGUGUUCCUGACAUCACCAACUGAAGUGGCCAAGGUUCGCCUGCAGACGCAGACGCAGACACACACACAGCAGCGGCGGCCCUCAGCCUCAUGGCCUUCAGUUGCUCCCCCUUUGUGUCCUGCACCCUCUGCAAGUCUGGAGCCCAGGCCCAAAUACCAUGGGCCACUGCACUGUCUGCUCACGGUGGCCCGUGAGGAGGGGCUUCGGGGCCUCUACAAGGGCAGCUCAGCCCUGCUUCUUCGGGAAGGUCACUCCUUCGCCACGUACUUCCUCUCCUAUGCCAUGCUCUGUGAGUGGCUCACGCCUGCUGGCCAUAGCCAGCCAGAUGUCUUCGGUGUGCUGUUGGCUGGAGGCUGUGCUGGGGUCCUGGCCUGGGCUGUGGCCACCCCCAUGGACGUGAUCAAGUCACGUCUGCAAGUGGACGGGCAGGGCCAGCAGCGCUACCGGGGCCUCCUGCACUGCAUGGUGACCAGUGUGCGGGAGGAGGGCCCGAGAGUGCUCUUCAAGGGGCUAGCGCUCAACUGCUGCCGCGCCUUCCCUGUCAACAUGGUGGUCUUUGUGGCCUACGAGGCUAUACUGAGGCUCACUCGGGGCCUGCUCACAUAGUGGCCGGCUGCCAGCAGUGUCUAGGUUGCAGCAGCUGGAGGAGGCAAAAGGGAGUGUGGGUGGGGUCAGGGCCCUACAGGGCUGUCAUCAGGGCAGGGGGGGUCUCCAUGCAGCAACUCAGCUGAGGCCUGAGCUUGGCUUGCCCAGCUGCUGACCACAAGGUCAAGGGGCUUAUCUUGCCAUUUGUUUGGAGGGCACAUGAGUCAGGGUCAAGUGGGCUUCCCUGGUGAGGGCAUGUGUCACAUGGAGUCAUUUGUCACUGGGCAACUGUUCACUCUUGCUCCUGCUUUUCUUCUCUGAACCCUAGACUUCGGAGCACACCCUCCAUCAAGCCAGCCGAGGCACACUCAACCCCCAAUCCUUCUUCACACUGUCCUCUUAGAGCCAGGCUGGCAAAUUCCACCACACAGUGAGGACAGAGCCAUAUGGCUACAGGCUGGGCUUCUCUGCUCCAGGAUACCCAGGAGGGCCCCGUGUCCUCACUGGCUAAGAACUGGUGUGCAGCUUCCUCGUGUACCCUCAUCCUGCCUGUGGGCGCUGUGCCUGCCACGCGAAGACCCUGAAGCCUGGGUGGGGAAGCGGGCAUCAAUAAAGUGUUUCUGAGGGUGCUCAGCAG